AGUUGUGUUGUGUGUGAUGUUGUGGUACUUUUCCAUAAUGAAAACACAAAUUUAUAUUGAAGUGGUUGACACUUUCAAUUUGUGUUUUCAUUUCUUAAUUAUCAGUAAGGUAUCUUCAUAAAUCAUUAUGUCCUUAUAAAUAGGAUUAGAAUCCCUAUGUAAAGAAAUAUUGUGUUUCACGAUCGAAAACCGAUUUACAUGAUUGUACCUUAAAGAUGUUUUUAGAUAACCUACUCUUUUAAAUUUCUCACUUGAAACUCAAUUUCUUUUUUACAAUAGUCCAUUUCAAUAAUUAUUUAUAAAAUAGAAUCCAUUGUUGUUUCUUAAACUUUAAUGACUCUUUUCCAAUAGUCUCAUUUGAACUCCAAUAAAAUAGAAUCACCAGCUAUUUCUGUCGUAUUCCUCUAAUACUUUUACUAAGUUCUAAUUUAUUUGAAUAUUGAAUUUAAUGUUUCAGAUCGUCAUUGAAGUUCAGGUUCAACGAGCUCGCAUGCCUAUCACAGCCAUGCUACCGAACGAGUUUCAGGUAUUAUUCGGACGACAAGUACCCUUCUCACAACAGAGUAUCCUUGCCUGCGCUCUCGCCAACUAUGGAACAGGGAAACAUCGUGAGCUGGGCGAAAAAGGAAGGUGACAAAUUAAACGAGGGCGAUUUACUGGCGGAAAUUGAAACAGACAAAGCUACAAUGGGCCUUGAAACUCCUGAAGAAGGUUAUUUGGCUAAAAUCAUCAUACCAGCUGGAACGAAAGGGGUUCCAAUCGGCAAGCUUGUAUGCAUAAUUGUUGAGAACGAAGCCGAUGUGGCCGCCUUCAAGGAUUUCAAGGACGACGGAGCUCCGAUCAAGGCAGCCGAGCCAGCCGCCCCUUCUCCGCCCCCGGCUGCCGCAGCUCCCGCCCCCGCCAGGGCAGCGCCGCCUCCAGCCUCCGCCGCCCCCUCACCCGUCAUCCCGUCGGCCGCCAAGGGUGACCGCGUCUACGCCAGUCCACUAGCCAAGCGGGUCGCUGCCGAGAAAGGACUCAGCCUACAGUCGCUGAAAUCCGGGUCGGGAUUAUUCGGUUCGAUCAAGCUGAGUGACCUGAGCAGAGCGUCGCCCGCGGGUGCGGCAGCGAGUGCAGGGGCCGCUGGUGCCGCCUACACCGACCGAGAGGUCUCCAACAUCCGCAAGGUCAUCGCGCAGAGACUUUGCCAGUCUAAACAGACAAUUCCUCACUACUACUUGACAAUAGACAUCAACGCCGAAGAAGUGAUAAAUCUCAGGAAAGAAAUCAACACUAAUUUCGAAAAGGAAGGCAUCAAAUUGAGCAUCAACGACUUCAUAAUCAAAGCCACAGCACUCGCUUGCCACAAAGUACCUGAAGCCAACAGCGCCUGGAUGGACACAUUCAUCCGACAAUAUCAUACAGUUGACGUGAGUGUUGCCGUGAGUACUGAAUCGGGUCUGAUAACUCCAAUUGUCUUCGAUGCUGACAGAAAGGGUUUGGCCGACAUUAGCACUGAUAUCAGAUCUCUCGCUGAAAAAGCAAGAGAAGGAAAACUCCAGCCAAAUGAGUUCCAGGGAGGUACAAUAACAGUUUCAAACCUUGGAAUGUUUGGUAUUAAACACUUCAGUGCAAUCAUAAAUCCACCUCAGUCGUGCAUUCUAGCCGUCGGUGGACUCCAGAAACGUCUCAUUCCAACUAAGGAUGGAGGAUCGCGAGCGGCUGACUUCAUCAGCGUGACACUGAGCUGCGACCAUCGCACGGUAGAUGGCGCCGUGGGCGCUCAAUGGCUGGCCGCAUUCCGCAAACUGAUCGAGAGGCCGCAACUUAUGCUGCUCUAGCCUCCCAGCCCAACAAACCAAUUCCUCAGCGCGCAAACGUGUUGUCAAACAACCGACCGUGUUCAAUGUAGCCUAUACAGGGAAGUGCCUCUUCAAAAAAAGGCCCGCUAAUUAAAGCAAUAAAUAAAUGCUGACUGUAUUCCAUCAUGUUAUCACUGACUACAUAGAACUAGUCAAAUUAGGGUUUCUCAAUUUCUUUCCUUACAUUUGUUACUAUUUUGUGUUGACCUUCACAAAGUUGGGUAUGAAACAUUCAGAGCUUUAGAAGUAGUAGGAUUUUAUUUAUUUUUUAUAAUGUAUUUUAUUGGAUUACUUGUCUACUUUGUGUAGAUUGAAGUUACGGAACAUUCUUGACUAUCAAUUAUAUGUAUAUACAGAGAUGUUAUUGUACUUUGUUAUAAACUACUUUAUAUUCAAAUUGUUAUCAGCAUUUAUUGGUUUUGUAAAUAAACUUGCUAUUCCAGUGCA